AUGCAAGGGAAGCACCUCCGCCCGCUCGCACAGCUCCCCAAGGCAGCAGCACAGUGUGCGCAGGCGGGAGCGGCGUACGGCAAGUGCAUCGGCGCGCGCUACCAGGACGUCGACAAGGGCAUGUGCGCCGCCGAGUUCCAAGCCUUCAAGCAGUGCGUCACCCAGGCCAUGAAGCGACCGGCCCGCUCCUGA